CCGGUACUCAAGGCAUUAGUCGAAUGGUUGCACUGCCUCUGCUGCGUUCUCUGUACGAGUCUCGCUUUGAUCUGGAGCUCUGGUCAGCCAGCGCCAAAAAUCGCCACUGGCAGACUAUAUCUGACCAGCUUUGGGUGCAACAUCUGCCCUAUUCGCGCCACCCCUACGACCAGUGGCCCUGCUCCGCCCUCUGCAUAUUCGGCUCCCAGGGCAUCCCCGGCUCGCGAUACUCAGAGAUUUGGCGUCAGCUGAUUGCCUUUGACUGUCUCUCGGCCUUCACCGAAGCUGGAUUUGAGCGAGACUAUAAAUCGGAACCGCAUGCCCCGUGA